GGGAUCAAUUCUUUCUCUCACUAAAAACUAGUACACUCUUGAGACAGAGUAAGAAAUAUAUUUCGGACUGAGGAGAUUUACCCGGUCUAGGUCAUACUUUGUGUUCUUGUUGUGUGUUUUAUAUUACGGGUCAAGUGUCCAGGUCGAACCCGGUCAACCCACCCAUCUAUAUUUACACCAUCAUUUUUGGCGCCCACCGUGGGGCCCGAACCCACGACCACCAAUCAUGAGUUCAAUGGUACCCCCGGUGUCGACCCCGUCGACAUUCGUCCCUAGGAUGGUCCCUAUACGUCCGGUGAAUUUGACGGGGACCAUGAACGAAGCAGCACCAUCGAAUAUCCAUGAAGUUGACGAGGCGGAGCAAGAGGCAGCCCGCAGAAGGAAGGGUAAGGCUAUAGCCAAACCCAGCAAGACCCGAGAUUCGGCGUUCAUACGCCUAGGGGACAAAGAGGAUAGACCUUGCAAGUCUGCAAAGCUACGUCUUGGUCCUGAAACGGGCCAGACUAGUGAAAUGGAAAGACUUGGCGGGAAUCAUCCCGCCCAAUCUCGUUGUUCUAGGGAAUCUGAGACGAUUCACCUAGACGAGGAGGAAGCUGAAAGCCAGCCUAGGGCAUCGACAUAUACCGGGCUCUCAUACGAUGAGGAUGACCUAGACAAGAUAGGGAGCGUAGCAAGAAAGCUACGUGCCCUGGAAGAAAAGGUGGAAGAAAAGGUGGGAACGAAAAAGCACACCCUAGCCAAAUCUCCCUUUUCGGCCAGGUAUGGAUGCGAGAAGUACCAGGACAACUACAUGAAAAGAAAGAAGUUCACCUACCUAAACACAGUAGGACAAAGGGAGAAGGAGUCCUUGACUCAAUUCUUGACGCGCUGGAGGGAUGAGGUCGAUAAAGUAGAAGAGAUGGACGAUAAGACGGCCAUGUCUUUGCUGAUGAAUGCCUUCCGGUCGGGUGACCUCUACACCGAAUUUUGUAGAAGGCCACCCUCCUCUUAUCAGGAAGCCUAUAAUACAGCAUGGGAGUAUGCCGAGGCGGAGGUCCUGAAUAAGAGCAAGCAGGAGCUGGAGGAAGGCUAUACAAAAGUGAAAGCCGAGAAGCCGAAGAAGGAUGACCAGACAGGAGGGUCUAAGCCAAGGGCCACAUAUGACGGGUCAGUCCACCAAAUUAGGGAUGAGAGGAAGGGAGAACAACACUAGCGGCCUUGGACAAAUAAGUGGUGCACCUACCACCAAUCCGACUCUCACAAC